UCUCCUCCAUCUUCACCACUGAACCAAAACAACAACAAAAAAGCUUCCUUUAUGUGCCCUUUUGGGCAAACAAAACAAAUGUUCACAAGCCGUAACGUCACGGCUAGGGUUUUCGAACGUCAGAUUCGAACUCCUCCACCAAGCGCUUCCGUGAAUCGCGCAAGACGCUUCUACGAAAACCUAGUCCCAAGUUACACACUUUACGAUGUCGAAUCACCCGAUCAUUGUUUCCGCAAAUUCACAGAAGACGGUCUCUUCCUCAUUAGCUUCAGCCGUAACCAUCAAGAGCUCAUAGUCUAUCGUCCUUCUUGGCUCACUUACUCAACAAAAGACGAUUCCUUUGUACCUUUACCUCGCCGUGCUUCGAGAUUCGAUAGCUUCUUCACUCAGCUUUACUCUGUUAACCUCGCUUCAGCUAAUGAACUCAUCUGUAAAGACUUCUUCCUUUAUCACUCUACUCGUCGUUUCGGUCUUUUCGCUACUUCUACUGCUCAGAUCCAUGAUUCAGCUCCUUCCCCUGAAGCUGUCCCUGGUGUUCCUUCGAUUGAUAAGAUCACUUUCAUACUUCUUCGAUUAGAUGAUGGUGUGGUUCUUGAUGAGAGGGCUUUUCAUCAUGAUUUCGUCAAUUUGGCUCAUAACAUGGGUGUGUUUCUCUAUGAUGAUCUUUUAGCGAUUCUUUCGUUGCGUUAUCAGAGGAUUCAUCUUCUUCAGAUUAGGGAUUCUGGUCAUCUUGUUGAUGCUCGUGCUAUUGGUUACUUUUGUCGUGAGGAUGAUGAGCUUUUUCUUAAUUCUAGCUCUCAGGCAAUGAUGAGUCAAGAUAAGAGCAAACAACAGCAAAGUUUGUCUGGGAAUAAGGAAGACGAUUCUGCGGAGAAUGGGUUGCAUCAUCAUAGUCAACCUAGUGGUUCGAAUUCGUUUCUGAGUGGUAUCAAGCAACGGUUACUUUCUUUCAUCUUCAGAGAGAUUUGGAAUGAAGAAUCAGAUAACACUCUGAGGGUUCAAAGUCUUAAGAAGAAGUUCUAUUUCCAUUACCAGGAUUAUGUCGACUUGAUUAUUUGGAAGGUUCAGUUUUUGGAUCGACAACACUUGCUAAUUAAAUUUGGCAGUGUAGAUGGUGGGGUAACAAGAAGUGCUGAUCAUCAUCCAGCUUUCUUCGCGGUGUAUAACAUGGAAACAACUGACAUUGUAGCUUUCUUUCAGAACUCAGCAGAAGAUCUUUACCAAUUAUUUGAGCAAUUCAGUGAUCACUUUACGGUAUCAAGUAGUACACCAUUCAUGAACUUUGUAACAUCGCAUUCUAACAGUGUCCAUGCUCUUGAGCAACUUAAGUACAUGAAGAAUAAAGCAAACAGUUUCUCUCAGUUUGUGAAGAAGAUGUUACUCUCUUUGCCUUUCAGUUGCCAGUCACAGAGUCCUUCCCCAUAUUUCGACCAAUCUCUCUUCCGGUUCGAUGAAAAGUUAAUUUCCGCAGCAGAUAGGCAUCGGCAAUCCUCAGACAAUCCAAUUAAGUUUAUAUCUCGAAGACAACCGCAAACGCUAAAAUUCAAGAUAAAACCAGGACCAGAGUGUGGAAGUGCAGAUGGUAGAAGCAAGAAGAUAUGUUCAUUUCUCUUCCAUCCUCAUUUACCACUUGCCAUCUCCAUCCAGCAAACUCUUUUCAUGCCUCCUUCUGUCGUCAAUAUCCAUUUCCGGCGAUGACGACUCUUGUGGUUUCCACUAGUGUCUAUUCUAGUCUAGUCUCCUACAUGUUGUAAUCUAUUGUUUGUUUGUAUAAAAAAAAAUAAAAAAAUAUCUCAGAACAACACAUAAUUUUGUGAACAGAUAUAUGCACUCUCGGUAGAUCCUCAUUGAGCAACGAAUACAAGAUUUUGAAGAUCAAA